CGAAUUUAGCUAGAUUUCUUACUUUUUGUUAUUGGAUUUAUAGUUUUUUUUCGUAGAAAAUUUGGGGCAGCUCUCUCCUCUUGCAUGCCAAACAUCAUGUCUCGUAAAAACGGCGCGGCUAGGGCUAAAAUGGCUAGACGACGAGCCAUGCAGAAGGAAGAAGAAGAAGAAGUCCCUGCGGACCUGCAUAUCGACAUCUUGCGGAGGCUUCCACAAUCCUCGUGCAUCGUCCGAUUCCGCUGCGUCUGCAAAUCAUGGUGCGCUCUUAUUUCCGAUCCCUCUUUCACUCGGCAGAAACUAUUCUUGAAUUCGGAAUCUUCUUCCCCUCCUCCUCCUCCGCCGCCGCUAGCAAUGGUGAUCAAGGACAACAAUUUGGGCGGCAUGUCAGCUCCCGAGUCAUUUUACUCUCUCUACUCUUUUAACGCACUCAAACCAUCGCUCCGUGGUGAGGCGGCCGACAUCCGCAUACCCUUCAACUUGUGCCACUACCGUAUCGCCGGCUGCUGCCACGGCCUGUUGUGCUUGUACGACUCCCGAUGCGGCCGGUCGGCGGGGGAGGCGAUUCUGUGGAAUCCGGCGACAAAAGAAACCAAGGUUUUGCCGCCUUCCCUUUUCAACCUCGCACCGCAUAGCCAAUAUGCGUGCUACGGCAGGCUCGGGUUUGGUUUCGAUCCAGAAACGAAUGACUACAAAGUCGUCAGAGAAAUCGACUACAAUUACGAAGUUAGAGGAUGGAAUCAUCGGAAGUGUCCCCUUUUUGAGCUGUAUAGCUUGACGACUGAUUCGUGGAGGAAAAUCGAUACCGGCUCCUGCAGCCCAUUCUCCAACGGGCACCUACUUUAUCUUCCUGCGGUUUCGUAUCGCAAAUUGUCUCGGUGUUAUAAGGGGAAGCUGUAUUGGUGGAGCGACCACUCGUCAUUGUCCAGGUGCAGCACUCAGAUUGCUUCCAGCAGGACUCAGUUUGCUUGGUUCGAUAUGAGCAAGGAAGUGUUUCGAGGAGCGGACGUGAGGAACCCUAGUGAUGACCGUUGGGCGGUCCGUUGGUUGUUCGUGCCACCGAACGAGGAGGAGGAGGAGAAUGAUUCGUUGGUGGCGAUCUGUUCCGGUGGUGGUGGCGGCGGCGGCGGCGGCAGAGAGUCUCUGGAGGUUUGGGCAUUGAUGAAGCUGUGGGUGCCGGAAUCGUGGACCAAGUUGUUCGUUGUUCCUGAUGACUACUAUGACUUCGUUGGGAUUUCGAGUAAUUUCUUAUUUUACCAACGUCACAAGUCUCACGAGCGCUCGAAUGAUGGUGUCAUCGUCGUGAAUCCAGCAACGUUGACAAUCUCUGCUUAUCAUCUCGGGACGGGAGAAAUUAUCGACUCUGUCGUGUCGAACACGAUGGUAUUUCUAAUCAUGGAUUAUGUGCCUUCUCGAGUUUCUUUGGUGUAAGAGAAAGGAGGGUUUCUUUUGGUCCAAGGAAGAGUUUGUUUCUGGGAUAUUCGUUACAAGUAAACUAGGAGAGGUUGGGAUAUAUAUUGUGUUUAAUUUGUGUGUGUGUGUGUGUUUUUUUAAGAGAAUGACUAUCUGUGGAGCUCAAAAUGUGAUUUGGGAGUUUAUUAUGAAUGUUCUGGACUUUGCGGAUAUGUUUCUUGAUGUACAAUGCUAUCCGAAAUUUUAAGUAAGGAACCUGUUUGGUGCUUACUUCUGUUACGUAGCUCGAUAUUGGAUCUCUUGAAUUUGGUAUAAAUUUCUAAAAAAAUAUAGCCUCUUAUUAAUGGCGAGAACAACCCAACUCAAUGCACAAUUCAAAGUAAACGAAAGGGUAAACA